AUGGACGAGGUAGAGAAGUAUGUUCAAAGUUUCGAGUAUGUUUUACCAGAGCCCCGCUACGAAAUUCGGAGUUCCGCUUUUUCAUAUGAUGGGGAAGUCUUUGUUACAUCGAGUGGAGACAACACAUAUCGCGUCCAUACACUUACUAACCCCGACCGUCCAUCACUUUUAAAGUCGACAGCAUAUGGCUCUGGCUUAAUUAAAUACACGCACCACCCACACGUCGUUCUUACAACGUUUUCAAACAAAAAUUUACUGAACUCUGUGGGGCAACUCUGUUUUGAAACAAAAGAAUUCAUUCAUAUCUUCCAUGGACAUACAGACGAAAUCUUGGGAAUCGACCAAAACAACAUCGACGACACAUUCAUCUCCUCUGGAUUCGAUAGUAGAGUACUCCAAUGGGACACACGAUGCCCUGACCUCCCCAACUCAGACGUCUUCUUCACUGGAUUUAAACCAAUCGUGUCGUUCUCCAAUGACGGGACAAGCAUCUUUGUGGUUCUAGGUAACACACUCAAUGUAUUUGAUCGAAGGAGACUCUCUCUUCAACAAACUUCCUUUUUCAACCUCCCACAUAACGAGUCAGCUUAUAUGAAAAUCGCCGUUGCAAUCGACGGAAACUCCGUCGCAGUCUCCGACACCAAAGGGAAAGUGUCACUCAUCACUAACAUGUCGACACCACAAAACAUCGUCACCAAAGAGAUCGCCACAAACCAACUCAAUGACGCUCCUGAAAUCGCCUUCACACCGGACAGCUCAAGACUGCUAUUCUCUAAUGGAGUCGAUGGCUCAGUCUGCUCAAUGCUCUUAAAAACGUAUGCCAUUUCCCAAUUCUCAAACAGUCAUGAAGCUCUUGUCAAUUCCAUCGUCUGCAACUUCAAAUUCCCUCUCGUUUCUACUUCAUCAAGUAUCGUCAAGUGGUGGACACCACAAGACACUGACUAA